UAACACAUCUUUGUUUUCUAUUAUGACGCAGAAUUGUUACUUUUAAUUCGCAGUUAUUAACCAUUUAAGCAUCAAUUAAUUUAUAAAAAUAGUGCCUAUAAUGUCAUUUUAUACUCUAAUAUUCUUGGCAUUACUGGCCGUACGUGAAGGUUCAGCAAUAUGGUGCUAUCGUUGCACCUCGGCCACUCCAGGUUGUGCCGAGAAAUUUAAUUGGCGCGGAAUAGGUUUUCUCGGCGAGCAAUGUCCUGAAAGUAAUGAUAUAUGCGUCAAAGUGAUUGAGAAGCGUGGAGCUCAAGAGACAAUAACGCGUGACUGCCUGAGUGCGCUUAGUUUCCGUACUGACAUACCCGCCGAUAAGUACGAAGGUUGCCGACCCGCUGCCAAAGAUGUGCGAUUGGCACACUACGUCAACCAUACAAUAAAGGAGCACGAUGUUAAACGUGAUUACUUUAGCGAUGUCACAUUUUGUUUCUGCUUCCUCGACCACCGCUGCAACGGUGCUGAAAUAUCAGUUACCAAUUCGAUGGCUCUGCUGGGGAGCCUAAGCAUUAUAUUACUUUUGACAAGCAAAUUUAUGUCCCACAUUAGUUUAAUAAGUUGAAAGUCUCGUAUAGUACAGCAAACAAAAAAGUGAAUUAGUAAUCGCAAUGUUAAAUUAUAUACAUAUCCCAGAAGUGCCUUUGCCACUAUUCCAAACCGUAAGAGAGAGAACAUAACUGCCAAAUGGGUAAAUUCAAAGAUAUUCGAAUAACUUAUACAAUUUAGAGAAUCAAAAAAGAUAUAUGCACACUAAGUAUUCAGAAGACAAAUAGACACUGUAAUGCAUUCCGUCCAAGUGCAAAUUUUUUAUACUUUUAGAUUUUAUAGCAGUAAUUACAUUCGCCAUUGAUUCAAUUUAUCAAGGAUCAGGAUUUUACACUGAUAUCUCCAAUUAAAAUGUAUGUUUACAUUAAUAAAUAAGGGUAGCUCUGUAAAGUAAUUGUAUAAUUACAUGUGUCCAUCCAUUCGAAUAAAUAAAUCGGCAUUUUAUAGAUAA